GAGUCAGUUCCAAGUGACACAAAAAAGUUCGGAUUUCAGCGAGCGAGAAUUAAUUAUUUUUUGACCGGCAGAAAUGGAGAAAUUCAACAAGGCGCAGGCAAAGAAUUUAGCAGCUGCACAAAAACUGGUGGAUGCAUACGCCUCCAGUUCUGAAGAUGAAGGCGAACUGGAUGAGAAGCAUAUAUUGGAUUUGUUAUACAAGCACUACCAAGACGGAUCAGUUGGACAACGUGGUAACAGUGGAAAUUCCAAUGCAAAUCGCACAGCAACAUUCCUGGAGAACACACUGCACUCGGGAGCGGCAACAUGUUUGAUUUGCAUUGGCAGCAUACGCAGAGUGGAGUCAAUUUGGUCCUGCAAGAGCUGUUACUGUUUCUUCCACCUGAACUGCAUACAGAGAUGGGCCAACGAUAGUGUUAUGCAGCUAAAGAUCAAAGCGGAGCAGCAAAAUGGCAAUCAGGGACAUUAUAAUCAUCUGGGAGAGUUUGUGCCGCCCAAGCGUCAAAAGUCGCUGCAUUGGUGUUGUCCACAGUGCCGCAGGGACUAUCAGCCGGCAGAUCGACCCACACAGUAUGAUUGCUUCUGUGGCAAGGAGCUGAAUCCACAGCCACAGCCCUUUCUGGUGCCACACUCCUGUGGCGAGAUCUGUGGCAAGUUGUUGCAGCCCAAAUGUGGCCACGAUUGCAAGCUGCUCUGUCAUCCGGGUCCGUGUCCACCCUGUGCUCAAUUGGCGCACAAUUCGUGUCUUUGUGGCAAGUCUGCGCCGCGUUCAGUGCGUUGCAUCGACAAGACGUGGCAGUGUCAACAAACGUGUCAAGCGCUUUUAGCCUGUGGCAAGCACAAGUGCAACCAAAGAUGCCAUCGACCUGGCCAGUGUCCACCCUGUACCAACAAGAGCUCCCAGCACUGCGAUUGCAAGCGGGAAGUCAAGGUUGUCAACUGCUCCGAGCCCAAAUGGAAGUGCAGCAAAGUAUGUGGCGCUCUAUUUGCUUGUGGACUGCACAACUGUGAGAAGGUGUGUCAUGCGGGUCCUUGUGGUGGCGGCGAGUGUCCUUUGGGUCUACGCAGCUGCCCCUGUGGCAAGAGUAGCAAAGCGGGCAACUGCAGCGAGGUGGUGGAAACUUGUGGCGACACUUGCCACAAACUGUUGUCCUGUGGCAAGCAUACGUGUGCGCAACGCUGUCAUCGCGGAGCUUGCAACCUGUGUCUGGUGCGCACCAAGAAAAAGUGUCGUUGUGGUCUGCAUGAGAAGGAGCUGCCCUGCUCCAAGGAUUUCACCUGCGAGACCAAGUGCAAGCAGAUGCGAGAUUGUGGCAAGCAUGGCUGCAAUCGCAAGUGUUGCGGUGAUCAGUGUCCGCCCUGUGAGAAGAUCUGUGGCAAGCAGCUGAGUUGCAACAAGCACAAGUGUCAGUCUGUCUGCCACAAUGGUCCCUGUUAUCCCUGCAAAUUGGAGUCCCAGGUGAACUGUCGCUGUGGCAAGACGCGACGCAGUGUGCCCUGUGGCAGGGAAAAGAGCGCCAGGAUUGCCUGUCAGGAGUUGUGCAGGAUCUCUGCCAAGUGUCAUCAUGCCAUAAAACAUCGCUGUCACAAAGGAGAAUGUCCGCCUUGUGGACAACCCUGUGGUUUGCCCAAUGACACCAACAAUUGUGGCCACAUUUGCAAGGCGCGCUGUCAUGCAGCCAUCAGAGUCCAGAAGCCAGCGGAUGCAGUGCGUCCACAUGCCAAUAAAUAUGAGUAUCGUGCUCUGCCGCAUCCACGUUGUGAGGAGGGCAUCAGUGUCACUUGUAUUGGCGGCCAUGAGCUGGCCACCUGGCCCUGCUGGAACUCCAAGCCGUCGUCCUGCCAGCGCAAAUGUGCUAGAAAGCUGAAAUGUGGCAAUCACAGCUGUUCCUUGAUCUGUCAUGCUGUGCCCAAUCCGCAGGACAUGCAACAACAAGUUGGCUGUGGCAAUUGCGAGCAAGGCUGUGACAUUCCCAGGCCGCCAGGCUGUGUGCAUGCCUGUGCCAGAGGAUGCCAUCCACCUCCUUGUGCACCCUGUAAUUUCGUUAUCAAGAGCAAAUGUCAUUGUGCCCUCAAUCAGAUUGUUUACAAGUGCAGCGAAUUCUAUAAUGAAGUCGGAACUGAGCAGGAGAUUGCCGAGCAUCGGGAGAAGCUUAAAAGCUGUGGCAAUCGUUGCCUCAAGAAUUUUGCCUGCGGUCAUCGUUGUCUGGCUAUCUGUCACUCAGCCAAGUGUCCCAAUCCGGAGUCGUGUCGUAAAAAGGUGCGAAUUUACUGUGCCUGCAAGCGAAUUAAGCUGGAAGUAUCCUGCGACAAACAUCGCGCAGGUCAAACAUCUUUGGAUUGCGAUGCCAACUGUCAAGCUGAACGCACAAAGGCGGUGGCGACGGAGCAACAGCAGCUGGAGCAGAGACUGCGACAGGAAGAGGCCAAGAAUCGAAUAGAGUUGGAGAAAUUCGAACAGAAGUUUGGCAAGCGUAAGCCCAAGGAACGCAAAGCUGUAGAUGUGGAGAAAACCAAAUCAGACAUCGAUUGGAAGCGAUUAGCCAUCUAUUUAGUAUCUUUUCUGGUCGUGAUGGGAGCUCUGGGCGUGGCAUACUAUGCUGAUAGCUAAGAGGAACACUCUCUCCCUCUGAAUAAUUAAGAAAUGCCAAUGAAUUUGAAUAAACAUAUGAAUUUAAAUAGUUAAUAGUAAAUGACUGAUAACAAAUUGCAA